AUGUAUAGGCGACGGGAAACACGUCUCAAGUUUUACGUGGAUGAGAAAGUUCGGGAUCGCGCGCCCUACGAUAUCUUUUAUUACUCCGAAGAUGCGUGGAAGGCGAUUGCGGAGAUGAAAGGUCUCCGCUGCCUUCUGGUGACUUUUAGCUCUAUAGAACUUCCCGAAACUGGUGCGACCACCUACACUCUUUGA